AUGCGUUUCAUCAUGUUUCAUAUCGUCGAAGCAAUCUCCUGCAUCCUGGGUUUAGCACCGUGCAGGAUAAAUAUAACACCUCAAUCAGCCAAGAAAAUAGACUAUUCCUUCACACUGUCAUUUUCCCAACUGAGAUGUGCAUACAAUAUCUUGUUAACCAUCUUCUUCUCCACAAUAAUUAUUUUAGCUGUACCGCACAUGACUGAAGUAUCGUAUCCCAACAACUCGAAGACUGUGAUGGUGAUUGUGAUAGCACUUGCAAUAUCCGGAAAUUUAUUCGCCAUCAUGAUAAUUAUCUUCUACUCAAUCUUCCAAAGACAUAUCAUAAAUAUCGGAAAUCGAUUGAGUGAAUUCGAUAGAAAAUAUGGGCACAAAUUGUUUGGAAUGAGGAGCAGUGGAAUCGGAGACUUGCAGAAAUUCAUAACAAUUAUCCUCAUGAUUCUCGUUUGGAUUGGACUUCUGACGACGUCUCUCGUAGUACCACCACAACUAUUUCUCAUUACUUCGGCUUUGUGUACAGCAUUUCUGAGUUGGAUCUUAAUACAAUAUAGUUUGAUCAUUAAUAUUCUGAGGGAUCGAUUCGAAGGACUCAAUAAUGCUUUCCUCGCCAUAUCCAAAUGUCCAAUUGCAUUUGAAGAAAAUUCAAUCUUUUCUGGGUAUACUAUGAAUGUUCGUUUGACUAUUGAAAAUUUCAUCAUGAUUAGAAGAGCGAGGAAUAUGCUAUAUGAAAUUUCACGUCAAGUUUCGAAAUUCUUUUCCUUUCCGGUUUUGGUUGUGGUUUCCCAUUGCUGUUGCAGUUGUGUCGAUAGUAUUUACUUUCUCAUCAUGACUUUAGUACCUUUCAAAUUUAAUGGAUUCAGUAUGAUAUCGGUUAAUUCGGUUUUCUGGAUAUUAAUGUGUGCAUAUCCUAUCACAGUAUUGAGUGCUAGUGUUAAUACAUUUCAUGCCGAGACGGAUCGAACUGCAGACAUCAUUUAUGGAAUUAUGGAGAUUUACGCGUGCAAUAAAAAUAUCCAGUCCGAGUUGAAUAAUUUUGCUAUUGAAUUAUUGCACACGAGAGUGCAAUUCACUGCAUGUGGAGUUUUUUCAUUAGAUUGUUCAUUACUGCAUUCGAUUUUUGGAAUGAUUGUAACAUACCUGCUGAUUCUUUUGCAAUUCAAACCAACAGACGGUUAA